AUGGUCAAUUAUUCACAGCAUUUGAGGCUGCUGCUGCUGCUGUGCCCGCUGGCACUCGGCCUGGCCCAGGAGGAGCAGCAUGAGCAGCAGCUGGAGGCGCUGCAUCGCAGCAAGCGCACGUUGACGACAAUUUGUGUGGAGAUCAAGCCGAGUGGUCCCCAGGAAGAGCCGUAUUUUAUGUGCAAGGGCACCGAUUUCUCACGUGGCGGCGGUCAAGCUCAGCCGGCAGCAGAAGAGCAGCCGCAACCCAUCCAAAAUUAUCCGCAGCCAGAGGCACAGCCGAUGCCCAUGAAUGGCCAAUAUGCUCAGGCGCCGUUUCCAUCGUUUCCCAGCUUUGGCGCUGGGUUUUUUCCGAUCAUGUCCAACUAUGAAGAAGCAACGCCCAAGGCUACGCCAACGUCGUCAUAUCAGAAUCAGUCGCCAGCUGGUGAAUCCCACGCCGCCGCACACUUUGGAACCGCUCCUGCUACCUUUGCAGCUGGGCCUGCUCCGCAAUCAUAUGGCAUGCCAGCAGUUUCUUACUCAGCUGCAGGCGGCGCAGCAGCAGCUGCACGCGGAACUGCAGCAGGCUCAGGCCCAGCGACCACGCCCAAUUCAUAUGCUGCUGCAGCGCCUACGAAAUCGCCGCCAGCUGCACAAGCAGCGCCUCAACCAAAAUCGCAGCCUGCGAGCAGCCAAGCGAGCAAUGGCAAUCCCUAUGAUGCGUUAGUGAGCAGUCAACGUCAUCGUACCGCCAUGGAUCAGGAUGUGCUGAACGUGCCUGAUGUGGGCUUUCGGCAGGAGGAGCUCAAUUUGCAGUACAGACUACCCGAGCCCAUGGUGGGCGCUGCUCCGCCCAUGAUGUGGAUGCCACUGGCGCAAACACAGCUGCAGCAGCCGACAGCAGCAGCUCAGCUGCCUCCAUAUUACGAUGAUCCGGUGAUGCGCACCUUCUAUGCCAGCCUGGAGCCCAAUGAGCCACAAGUGGCUCAGGCGGUGCCCAUGCAGCAGGCAGCUCCCAUGGAGCCGCUAGUGGCUCAAGUGGCGCCACCAUCCCGACCAGCUUCGGGCUAUAUGCCCAUGUAUGGACAGACAGCACCAGCUGCUGCAGCAGCACCGCCUACUCCGCCGCCAAGUCAGCCCGCUUACGAUGCCAAUCCGAAGUCCAGUUCGGGUCAGGGCUACGCGCCAGCGCCAGGCUCACCUGUGGAUGGCAAUGCCUGCAACUCUUGUACUCGUCCCUGCUCUGCGCCCUUGGAGUCCACUUCGAACUACAAUACACCCGCCCAUUGUCCAAGCUUUCAGCCCGUAAUUAUAGCAAUGCCCUGCUAUGGACAGCAACAGCCUACACAUUACUUGGCUGUGCCUGGCUCAGGGGCAUCGUCGCCGCCAGCGCUGGCACGUGAGUCCAUGGUGGGCAGUUCUUUUGGAGGACCAUUUAGCCUGGCUGCACAAAUGGGUUCACCCUUUGGCAAUCACUUUGGCAUGACAUCGCCUCAGGUGGGUUCGGCCUUUGGAAUGGGACCGCAGGCUGGCUCGGCUUAUGGCAUGUCAGCUCCUCAGCUUGGCUCAAACUUUGGCAUGGCUCCACAAGUGGGUGCUCCUUUUGGCUUGGCGCCGGUGCUGAAUCCCUUUGGACCCUUCGGCAGUCUGAAUCCAUUUAAUCCUUUUAAUAGAAUACUGGGCGCUGCCGCACCAACGACCCAACAGCCCAGGCUGCGUCUGUUCGGCGCACCCGAGGAGAGCACAACAGCCACAUUACAGGCAGCUCCACAAUAUCAACAAGCGCCGCCCAAGACCUUCACCCUGAACUUUUCCAGCAGCACAUUAGCACCAGCUUCCAAAGUUAGCUCGGAACCAGCUGCGGCAGUCGUUGGCAUCGCCCGUGAUCCGGACGACGGCCAAAAGGAAGAUGACGACGAUGACCAAGAUGAUGACGAGGAUGGAUCACACGAAGUCACUGAUGCGCCGCACACGGCUGGCACAACUGAAGACGUUGCUUCUACUCUAGACGCCGAAGUCUCCAAAUCUCUGGAGUCCAAGGAUCUGACGGUCGAGCAGCUACUCAAAAAGGGGGAGGAUAAACUGAAAAACGAAAACAAGCGCAAGCGCCACAAUUCACGCAACAGCAACAGUAAUUCCCAAAAGCGCAAAUAUCUGCAGCGCUUGUAG